AUGCAUUCACAAAGGGAUGUGAACGAUGAAAGCAAGGCCAAUGCUUCAUUGUCUGGUGAGCCAGCGAGCCCAACCUUUUCCCUUGAGGACCUGAGUCUGCCGCACUACAAAGACGAAGAAGACUGGGAGAGAAUCCGACGCGCCCAGAGCCGCGCCCGGGCCCGAGUCAGCGGCGAAUACGGCGAUCUAGAGCUGGGCAGUGUACCGCUCUUGCCAGCGGGGCAUCCAGAUGAACAUCGCGAUCUGGACGACUCGGAUUCGGACUUUUUCGACUAUGAGGAGCAGGGGCUGCAUCGGCACGACCCGUCGUUGUCCUGCACUUUCGCUGGCUUCUGUGUCUGGUUGCGCGGGCCGGUCCCGCCGCAUGUUUACCACAUCAAGCCCUGGUUUCCACGAUGGCAGGCUAUGCCCGCGCGUUUAGUCGAGCGGUGGGCGCCGCGAAAGGGUCUGAAGAUUGCGCUGCUCGCUGGCGGGUUGAUCUUUUGGAUUGCCGUGUUUUUUGCUUCGCUGCAGGCAUCCGUGGCUGGCCAAGAGGUCUUGGGAUACGGCCAGCCGGUGAAACUGUCGUGUCACCAGCGUCUGUGGACCAAUGCUACGGAUUGUGGUCUGAAUGGGGACCUUUGUCUUCCAUUCGAUGAGCAGUCAUUCGCUUUCAGCUGCCCAGCAGGCUGCUCUACCGCCAUCAUCCUGGAGCCGUACGAUAUCGGUAACCAGUCGUAUAACUAUAGGCACCUCGUCAUCGGAGGGCAACCCUUCCGGAUGGACGGUCGCGUCAGUGGGCUGUACCGCGGUGACUCCUCGAUCUGCGCAUCGGCCCUGCAUGCCGGGGUAAUCAGCGACAGCAAAGGUGGCUGUGGUAUCCUACAUCGUCGUGGAAAGCGAGAUAACUUCCAGAACUACACCAAGAAUGGCAUCGAGAGUAUUCCUUUUAAGCCGUCCUUCCCAAUGUCGUUUGUCUUGACGCGACAGGCAUCUUCCUCGGGGUCGAGCGAGGCCAAGUUAAUAGAAUGCUUCGAUAUUCGCUGGUCGCUAUUUGCUUUCACCGUGUUCGUCACGGCGAUAUUUUCGAUGACGGUCACUUCAGCGCCAGUCUUUUACAGCAUCACCUUCUUCAUAGUGUGGUUCCAAGUCGCCAUGGCCUCUGACCCACCUGGCUCGAGGGGCUUCUACGGCUUGUUACAGAUUGGCCUAGGCCGGUUCCUCCCCGGCGCCUUUGUCGGAUUCGCCUUAUAUUACUUCUGCGUACGCAAGACUCUCGGCAAUCUCCAAGCACACGUGGAUAAGACAAUCCUAUGGCUGGGAGGCUGCUGGGUCGGUGCCUUGAACAGCGAUACUUUUGACCGUAUCCCCAUCUCCCGCCUCACGCCACACGACCUUCAACAGCAGCCCGGUGCUAUCACAGCCCUCAUCAUCAUCAUUGGCAUCCUCAUCGUAGCCAUAUUAAUCCAGGCACACGCCUUCCGCCGCGAGGGCCGUCUACUAUCGAUUCUACGCCUCUACGGUAUCAUGCUUAUCGGCAUCAUCGUGCUCAUCCUCGUGCCGCACAUGAACCUCCGCAUCCACCACUACAUCCUUGCACUCCUCCUCAUCCCAGGCACAACACUCCAGACCCGUCCCAGCCUCCUGUUCCAGGGCGUAAUGCUUGGUCUAUUCAUCAACGGCAUUGCCCGCUGGGGCUUCGACUCGAUCCUUCAAACACCAGCCUCCCUCCUCGAAGGCGGUCGUCUGGGCACGAUUCCACCACCCAUGAACCCACCGCACAUCGAGGACCGGCACCAUAUCGUCUUCUCCUUCCCUGAUAUCCCCCCACAUGUCGACGGGAUCAGUGUGAUCGUCAACGAUGUGCUGCGGUAUCAGGGGCUCAAGUCGAAAGAUAGCAACUCCGUGCCGGACUUUGCUUGGUCAAGACUGCACAAUGGUCAACCUGAGUACUUCCGGCUAGGGUAUGUCCAUCUCAAUGCAUUGGGUGGUGUUUGGUAUGAGGAUUUCUCGGUGGCCUCGACGUGGGUUAUUGAUGGCGACUUUUACUAUCCGGGAUAG